AUGGCCUAUUACCUCACAUCUUAUACUGCUCUACUGGUAAGCAACGCCUAUUACCUUACAUCCCAUACUGCUCUACUGGGAACCAAGUCCUAUUACCACACAUCCCAUACUGCUCUACUGGGAAACAAUGCUUAUUACCUCACAUCCCAUAGUGCUCCACUGGGAACCAAUUCCUAUUACCUCACAUCCCAUACUGCUCUACUGAGAACCAACACCUAUUACCUCAUAUCCCAUACUGUUCUACUGGUAACCAACGCCUAUUUCCUCAUAUCCCAUACUGCUCCACUGAGAACUAUGGCCUAUUACCUCACAUCUUAUACUGCUCUACUGGUAAGCAACGCCUAUUACCUUACAUCCCAUACUGCUCUACUGGGAACCAAGUCCUAUUACCGCACAUCCCAUACUGCUCUACUGGGAAACAAUGCUUAUUACCUCACAUCCCAUAGUGCUCCACUGGGAACCAAUUCCUAUUACCUCACAUCCCAUACUGCUCUACUGAGAACCAACACCUAUUACCUCACAUCCCAUACUGCUCUACUUGGAACCAAGACCUAUUACCUCACAUCCCAUACUGCUCUACUUGGAACCAACACCUAUUACCUCACAUCUCAUACUGCUCUACUGGGACCAAUGCCUAUUACCUCACAUCUUAUACUGCUCUACUGGUAAGCAACGCCUAUUACCUUACAUCCCAUACUGCUCUACUGGGAACCAAGUCCUAUUACCGCACAUCCCAUACUGCUCUACUGGGAAACAAUGCUUAUUACCUCACAUCCCAUAGUGCUCCACUGGGAACCAAUUCCUAUUACCUCACAUCCCAUACUGCUCUACUGAGAACCAACACCUAUUACCUCACAUCCCAUACUGCUCUACUUGGAACCAAGGCCUAUUACCUCACAUCUUAUACUGCUCUACUGGGAACCAAUGUCUAUUACCUCACAUCCCAUACUGCUCUACUGGUAACCAACGCCUAUUAUCUCACAUCCCAUACUGCUCUACUGGGAACCAAGGCCUAUUACCUCACAUCCCAUACUGCUCUACUGGGAACCAAGGCCUAUUAUCUCACAUCCUAUACUGUUCUACUGAGAACUAUGGCCUAUUACCUCACAUCUCAUACUGCUCUACUGGGAACCAGCACCUAUUACCUCACAUCCCAUACUGCUCUACUGGGAACCGAUACCUAUUACCUCACUUCUCAUACUGCUCUACUGGGAACCAAAACCUAUAACCUCAUAUCCCAUACUGCUCUACUGGGAACCAGCGCCUAUUACCUCAUAUCCCAUACUGCUCUACUGGGAAACAAUGCCUAUUACCUCACAUCCCAUACUGCUCCACUGGGAACCAAUGCCUACUACCUCACAUCCCAUACUGCUCUACUGAGAACCAAGACCUAUUACCUCACAUCCCAUACUGCUCUACUUGGAACCAACACCUAUUACCUCACAUCUCAUACUGCUCUACUGGGACCAAUGCCUAUUACCUCACAUCCCAUACUGCUCUACUUGGAACCAACACCUAUUACCUCACAUCUCAUACUGCUCUACUGGGAACCAAUGCCUAUUACCUCACAUCCCAUACUGCUCUACUGGGAACCAAGGCCUAUUACCUCACAUCCCAUACUGCUCUACUGGGAACCAAGUCCUAUUACCUCACAUCCCAUACUGCUCCACUGGUAACCAAUGCCUAUUACCUCAUAUCCCAUACUGCUCUACUGGGAACCAGCGCCUAUUACCUCAUAUCCCAUACUGCUCUACUGGGAAACAAUGCCUAUUACCUCACAUCCCAUACUGCUCCACUGGGAACCAAUGCCUAUUACCUCACAUCCCAUACUGCUCUACUGAGAACAAACACCUAUUACCUCACAUCCCAUACUGCUCUACUUGGAACUAACACCUAUUACCUCACAUCUCAUACUGCUCUACUGGGAACCAAUGCCUAUUACCUCACAUCCCAUACUGCUCUACUGGUAACCAAGGCCUAUUACCUCACAUCCCAUACUGCUCUGCUGAGAACCAACACCUAUUAUCUCACAUCCCAUACUGCUCUACUUGGAACCAAGGCCUAUUACCUCACAUCUUAUACUGCUCUACUUGGAACCAAUGUCUAUUACCUCACAUCCCAUACUGCUCUACUGGGAACCAAGGCCUCUUACCUCACAUCCCAAACUGCUCUAUUGGGAACCAAGGCCUAUUACCUCACAUCUCAUACUGCUCUACUAGUAACCAACACCUAUUACCGCACAUCCCAUACUGCUCUACUGGGAACCAAGUCCUAUUACCUCACAUCCCAUACUGUUCCACUGGUAACCAAUGCCUAUUACCUCAUAUCCCAUACUGCUCUACUGGUUACCAGCACCUAUUACCUUACAUCCCAUACUGCUCUACUGGGAACCAAUGCCUAUUACCUCACAUCCCAUACUGCUCUACUGGGAACAAAGGCCUAUUACUUCACAUCUCAUACUGCUCUACUGGUAACCAACACCUAUUACCGCACAUCUCAUACUGCUCUACUGGGAACCAGCACCUAUUACCUCACAUCCCAUACUGCUCUACUGGGAACCGACACCUAUUACCUCACAUCUCAUACUGCUCUACUGGGAACCAACACCUAUUACCUCAUAUCCCAUACUGCUCUACUGGGAACCAGCGCCUAUUUCCUCAUAUCCCAUACUGCUCUACUGGGAAACAAUGCCUAUUACCUCACAUCACAUACUGCUCCACUGGGAACCAAUGCCUAUUACCUCACAUCCCAUACUGCUCUACUGAGAACCAAGGCCUAUUACCUCACAACCCAUACUGCUCUACUGGUAACCAAGUCCUAUUACCUCACAUCCCAUACUGCUCCACUGGUAACCAAUGCCUAUUACCUCAUAUCCCAUACUGCUCUACUGGGAACCAAGGCCUUUUACCUCACAUCCCAUACUGCUCUACUGGGAACCAAGGCCUAUUACCUCACAUCUCAUACUGCUCUACUAGUAACCAACACCUAUUACCGCACAUCCUAUACUGUUUUAAUGAGAACAAACACCUAUUACUUCAUAUCCCAUACUGCUCUACUGGGAACCACGACCUAUUACCUCACAUCCCAUACUGCUCUAAUGGGAACCAAGGCCUAUUACCUCACAUCUCAUACUGCUCUACUAGUAACCAACACCUAUUACCGCAAAUCCUAUACAUUUUUAAUGAGAACCAACACCUAUUAA